AAGCCCCAGCCUCAGACCCGUGGCACCGCGGCACUCAGCAAAAUGGCAGGUGUUGGAGGCCGGGCUGCCGCUCACCUGUCGCGGCACCUGGCCAGGCUGAGGCUGCUGCAGGGCCCCAGGCUGCCCCAGGCCCACGCCGCCGCCCUCCUGCACGCCACGCCGGCCCUGGACGCUGAAGGCAUCCCUAUUAAAAUGCCGUCACUGUCGCCCACCAUGACCGAGGGCACCAUUAUCAAGUGGCUGAAGGAGGAGGGCGAGACCAUCAACCCCGGCGACGUGCUGUGUGACAUCCAGACGGACAAGGCGGUGGUGGCCCUGGACAUAGAGGAAGAGGGGGUGCUGGCGAAGAUAUUGGUCCCAGACGACACCAAGGACGUGAAGGUGGGCACGCUGAUUGCCUUAAUGGUGGGCGAGGGCGAGGACUGGAAGACUGUGGAGAUGCCGAGCACAGUGGACGGAGAUGCACCGGCGCCCUCACCCGCUGCUGCUGAGACUGCUGCUAAGGCGCCGGCAGGAGGGGACGGAGGACAUGGCAACUACGGGCCGUCAGUGAGGUUGUUGCUGGAGCAGUAUGGCCUCAGGGCAGAUGACGUGCCUCCUGGGGGUCCUCACGGCAUCCUGGUGAAGGGGGACGUCCUACGCUUUGUGAAGGAGAGAAACUUGCAGGCCAGGACACCAGCGGCAGUUCCCCCUCCUGAAGCACCUAAGGCCGCUGCUGCCCCCGCCACCGCUGCACCUCCCAAGCCCCCGCCAGCACCAACCCCGGGCAUAGGAGGGCAGAGUGGUUAUGUCGAUGUCGAAGUGACCAGCAUGAGGAGAACAAUCGCAAAGAGACUCACACAAUCAAAGACAACGAUAGCCCACUCCUACGCGUCGAUGGAGUGCCGCAUGGACAGUUUGCUGGAGCUGAGGAAGCAGUUUAAGGAGGAGGGCAUCAAUGUGAGCGUCAACGACCUGCUCAUCAAGGCCGUGGCGUUGGCGCUCUCCAGGUGUCCCGAGAUGAACUGUGUGUGGCAGGGAGACCAGCUGAAGGUUGGUGGGGCGGUGGACAUCAGCGUUGCCGUGGCCACCCCAGCGGGCCUCAUCACCCCCAUUGUGCGAGGGGCGGACUCUAGAGGACUGGAGGACAUUGCUGCCGCUGUGAGGGAUCUUGCCACCCGCGCCAAGGAGAACAAGCUGAAGUUGGAUGAGUUUCAGGGUGGAACAUUCACCAUAUCCAACCUUGGCAUGUUCGGCAUCAGGGAGUUCAGCGCCAUCAUCAACCCUCCCCAGUGUGGCAUCCUGGCCGUGGGGGGCAGCCGCCUUGUGCCAGAUGAGUCCGGGGCGCCGGUGACCCUCAUGACCUCCCAGCUGUCCUUCGACCGUGGCGCCGUGGACGACUUCCAGGCAGCAGAGUUCCUGGACACCCUCAAGACUAUCCUGGAGAACCCCAAGACCAUCCUGCUGGGCUCCUACGCCGCCACUGUGCCGCACCCUCUCGCCGCCCUCCUCUGAGCCUGCUAAAAAUGCUCACGUUUUACUAAAUGUUUUACUCGGGAAGAUGUGUUGAGUUUUUUAGUCGGUUAAAUUCCAAAGUUCGUUAACUUUUAAACUCGACAUGUUAACAUAUUCUUUUUUGUGCGUGACUUCAGUGCCGGCCAGUCAAAUACUCUUAUUUCAGGAUGUUGAUAAAAUUGAUGUUUGGUUUUACAGAGAAAAUUUAAUUUGGUUUCUUAAAUUUCCUGCAAGCACACAGCAUCCACAAGUACAUGGCACGUACAUGAGAUUUGUUACUGUAAUUUACUUAUUGUUAUUGUAUAUAUUGUAAAGCUUAUUUAAUAAAUAAGUUAAGACUGAAGAAA